AUGAACCUCUUCCUAACCUUAACCAAGUCUUCCAAGCAGGUAGUUGUUGACGUGAGCUCGCUCAGGUCGGGGCGGUGGGGUCGGAGGCCCGGAACGAAUGAGCCACACGGUCGUACGGACUGGAGGACUCGCUACAACAAAAGCCCCCCCACCCCGACUGAAACCGGCUUCCUCAGACGAUCUGGCCCGUCAGAGUCUCGUUACAACAUCACCGUGAGCAGAGGUCAACCAACCCAGAAGGAGGUCGAGUCUCUGAUGUUAACGAGGCUGCUGGGGCUCCUCCUCCUGUCCUAUCUCUGCUCAGCCAUGCUGACCAGCCCAACAACCUCAGGCAACCCCAACACGUCUGCACCCAUGACGGCCGCCCCUGGUUACCCAGGCAACAUCCGCAGUGGUCACCUGGGACUUCCCCCUAAUGGCUCUGACCCGGUGUUCCCGGGUGGCGGUCCCAACCUAGAUGUAUGCGAUAUGUUGUGGCAAACUGAGAUUCCGCCACCCAUCAGCCAGGUGCCCUGGCAAUGCAUCUGUUCACACUGCAACAGCAGCAGGGGGACCAAAGGAGACCGCGGAGACCGAGGCCUCCCAGGUCCUGAGGGAAGUCCCGGGGUGAGAGGACCGACAGGGUUCAGAGGUCUCCGAGGAUUCACCGGCCGCCCAGGAGUGAAAGGCCAGAAGGGAGACGCUGGUGAGAAAGGUCUCCAAGGGAACUCCGGCUUCAUGGGGUCAAAGGGAGCACGAGGCUUUAAAGGAGAAAAGGGAGACCGUGGUGUUGAAGGGCCAUCGGGUGGUCUAGGCUUCAAGGGAGAGAAGGGUACAUGUCCUGAUUCCUGUGGCAACACCAAGGGGGAUAAAGGUGAUAGAGGCGACACUGGACCAGCCGGAGAAAAAGGCCUGCCAGGGGUCAAAGGUGACAUGGGAGCCAAAGGUUUCAUGGGUGACAAGGGUGACCGGGGCAGGAUCGGUGUCCCUGGGACAAAAGGCGAGAAGGGCGACCUCGGCGAGAAGGGACUGUGUGACUGUGCUGAUGGGAUCAACGGUGCAGAUGGUGAGCAAGGACCAAAGGGGGACAAAGGAGACAUGGGUGAUGUUGGUAUGAAGGGAAAUGAGGGUAUUCAAGGUGAAAAGGGUAGUCAGGGGGAAAAGGGCAUGAGUGGGCCGAUCGGGCCAUGCACCCCGGCCAUCCAGUCGGCGUUCUCGGCCUGUCUCAAUGACUCGUUCCCUGCGCCGGACCUGCCCAUUCCCUUCCCCGAUGUAAUCACCAACCGCCAGGGGCACUUUAACCCCAACCUCGGCAUCUACCACGCUCCCGUCAAUGGUACCUAUGUCUUCAGCUACCACGCGGCGGUCUCCAGCAGGGUGUUGAAGAUAGGCCUGUUCUAUAACUUCUUUCCCAUAGCCAGAACAACCGAGAUCACCAACGAGGCCACAACCAGCCACCAGGUCGUCCUCCACCUCUACAGGGGAGACAUGGUUUGGCUGCAGGUGAAGGACAGGACGACCAAUGGCAUGUUCAACAGCCCCGAGCACAAGAGCACCUUCUCGGGGUAUCUGCUCUACCCUGAUUCGUGCGAACUACCCGCAAUCCGAACUGGCCCUCCAGCAGGGCCAACAGUUAAACCUACAUACAUGUGGGACCCACCCACGAACACUACAACCAAACCGUAGGCUGAGCUCCCAAACACACACAAUCAAAAACACAAUGGGUCAGAUGCAGCAACAUUCU